GAUCAAAUGGACCCUGAGUUCCUCUUCAGUUCCACAGAUCCGGAGGUUCUAUCGCUCUUUGGUUCCGAGGAGAACCACUUAGCAGUUAAGCGGUGCAUCGAGCAGGAGCGUGGAGAGAUAAGGCCUGACGGAACAGUCGACCCACAGCCAUUCUUGGAUAGGCUCACUCCCGUCCUUAACGACACCCGCCCCGACAUCCUCGAUCUCCUUGUCUCUGGUACAGAAUCCUGCUCGCUUGAAACCAUUAAGGACUUUGAGAUCUGCAUCUUCUAUGUAUGCUUCGAGGGGGAAUUCACACCGCCUGAGCCUACAACUGUUGUUCCUGAGGAGUAACGAUGGCAAAUAUUUUCAUACUUCAGAUGAAAUCUUCACGUCACAACAAUGUAAAUUAUUUAAAUAAGGAUUAGAAAAGAUGUGGAAUUAUUUUCUCUUACGUGUUUCCUGAAGUUCUGUUCAGAAGAAUGAAAAUCUAUGUAGAUAAUACAGACAUUAUUUUUUAUUAUCGAAUAGCACUGAAAUAGUAUGAUGACAUAAGUAGAGACAUCUCUACGUAAUUCACCAUAAUGAAUAAGAAAUUACAAUACCUAUAACCAUA